AUGUUGGCACAGAGAGCUACACAACAGGCGAUGCGCAGGCUCGUUAUGAGACCUGGCAUGGCCUCGCAGCUGGUCUUCAAGAAGGUUGCUGCACCUUUGGCAAUUGGAACUUCAAUGCAGACUCGCCCCGUCGCAACCCAAAAGAUGACCCCCGCCGACAGCUACAACAUCCUCGUUGAACAGCGCAAAAAGCGUCCAACCUCUCCCAACCUCGGAAUCUACCGCCCGCAAAUAACCUGGAUUCUCUCCUCUCUCAACCGUGUUACUGGCCUCACUGUCGCCGUCCCCUUCUAUCUGUUCGGCCUCGCAUACCUCGCCUCCCCUCUCACAGGCAUGCAUCUGGACUCUGCAAGUCUGGCCGCAGCUUUCGGUGCGCUGCCUGUUGCGGCGAAGUUUGGCAUCAAGUUCGUGGCGGCGCUGCCAUUUACAUUUCAUAGCUGGAAUGGGUUGAGGCAUUUGGCAUGGGACACAGGGAAGACUUUUAGCAACCAGACGGUUAUUAAGACGGGGUGGACGGUUGUGGGGUUAACGGCUGUUAGCACUCUGUACCUGGCUUUGGCAUAUUAG